UAAUAUUAGUUGAUGAAAGCUUCAGAAGUUUGAACGUGCCAAACAAAUCAAUUUGGAUAGCUGCUCUACAUUUCCAGAUAAUAGACUUCCCACAAAUAAUUAAUUGUUGGGGUACCCAACAUCUUUUAGAAACAACCUUUAGCAUAUCUAUAGGUUGUAAACUAUGCACGGCUUUGUCAAAUAUGCCAUUGCGAAAUACGGAAAUUAUUAAGAAAAAUAUGUUUUGGACACACUUCCAUACCACACCUGCAAUGUCGCCUUAUCUCGUAACAAUGCUGGUGUCUAAUGACCUAACCAUUGAUAAAAACAGACUUCGAAAAAUUAAAAUAUGGUGCAGGAUCGAAACUGCACUUGACAUAGAAUUUGCAGAAAAUAUAGUUGGCCUUAUUACGUCAAAUUUUGAAAGUCAUUGGAAACAUUCGAACAAUACUUCGCACGUCACUCAUGCUGCAAUUCCAAAUUUCCAUGACAACGGCAUCAUGGUUUUCGGACUUGUUCUUUAUAGGGAAACAGAUAUCAUCUACAAUAAAAAAUUAUAUCCUGUUGCUCACGAAAUUCAAGUAAUUCAAUUAGUAGGACAUAAAGUGGCACAGCAAUGGUUUUAUGAUAUGAACAAUCCGUUUAAUUCGACUGUUUGGUUUAAUCAAUAUCUUACCACAUUUCUUGCAAUAGAUGCUGUCGAUAAGAUUUAUACAGAAUAUCGAAUAAUGAAUUUAUUUGUUGUUCAAAAUCAACAUAAUUCUUUUUCUUUGGAUGGUGAUUAUCAUAUAUGGAAUUCUCCUAUACAAGACGACAAAUUCUUAUUAAAAAUUCGCGAAUCUAUCAGAGCACCUUUUAUACUGCGCAUGAUGCUACACGCUUUCACCGAAGAAAUAUUUUGGAAAACCGUUCGCACACACUAUGUAUUUAGCAAGCGAAGUAUGGGUCAUUUUCUGGAUGAAAUUGUUACUGCUGUAAAAGAACAUAGUGCUAUGGAUAUAAUCAAUAGGUGGUAUAUGGAAAAGCAUUGUCCCAUUAUAAAAAUAAUACAAAGUUAUAAAAUUAAUAAUACGGAUAUUGUGACCGAAGUAAAUGUAUCGAUACAAUAUACCGACACAUUAAGCGUUUAUUGCGUUUUUGUAACUUUUACUACGCAAACGUUUUCCGAUUUUAACAAUUUUACUCAUCAUAAGGUAUGCACAAAAAAGGAUUUGAAAUUAUCAUUAAGAUAUGAAGAAACUGGUUGGAUGAUAUUCAAUCUACAACAAAUUGGAUAUUAUCGCGUUAACUAUGAGAAAUGGAAUUGGCAAAAAAUUUCAUAUUUUCUAAACUCUGAUAAUUACACGAAAAUUCAUGUUCUUAAUCGUGCUCAAAUUAUCGAUGAUGCAUUUCAUUUAAUGAUAGGAGGCCAACUCGAUUCACAUGUAUUCUGGGAUAUCAUAAAUUAUAUGCAACGAGAAAGAGAUUAUAUUGCUUGGUAUCCUAUGUUUAAAGCUCUGGAAUAUUUGUCCAGUGCUUUUAUAGUGUUGGAAGAAAACAUUGAGAAGUUUACCUAUAUGUACUGUACGGGAACAAUAAGAGAUAUAUUGAAGAAUGUACUUGAAAAAAUCAGAUAUGAAGAAUAUAAUGAUACAAACAAACUUAGAAAGUGUUUACGACAAGAAGCUGCGAAAUGGGCAUGUCUUUUUGAUGACAUUACUUGUAAGAAAGAAGCCAACAGGAAAUUAACACGACAUCUCCAAAAUCCUUCAAAACGCAAACUUUUGCCAUGGUGGAAGGAAUGGACAUAUUGUAAAGGUUUGAUGAUUACCAAAAGCAAGUCCACUUGGCAAUCAGUGUUUGAUAUAGGAGUGAAUAAAGCUGACACUAAAGUCUUGGAAUACUUGGCUUGCCCCGAAAAUAUUAAUCUCAUCAAAGUGUAUUCAACAUUUAAACAAAACAUUUCUACAGCACAGAAAUAUUCAAAUUCUUUUAACAGUUUCUUACAUAUUAUUACGAAACAUGCAAAGAAUCCAACUAUACUGAAAUAUAUAUUAGAUCAUUUUAACGAAAUAAAACCAAAGGAGGUUGAUAUAAUUGCAGCAUUAAUUAUUGUUAUUAAUAACGUAUAUUCCGAAAAUCUAACUCAGGAAAUAAACAAAUACGUUGAAAAAAUGAAGGCCGAAACAGAUAUAUUUGAUAAAAUAAAAAACUUUACACAUUUUCACAGUUUUUACAUAGAAAAGCGGAGUUAUGAUAAAAUUAAAAGCCAUAUAUCAAUUCGCAACAUGCAAAUCAAAAGACAGAGAGAGUAUUUUGGCAGAUUUUUCUUCUGGUGAAACAAUUUAAAAUAAAAAAAAUUGCAGCUUUGCAGGGGUGGAUAUACUUCAUAUAAAUAAUUUUUUUAUAUUGUAUGUACUUUAUUUGUGUGAUUUAUUUUACUGUUCAAUUAUUAUUGAUUUAGAUGUAUUACUAUUCAUUUCCAUUGUAUUUACAAAUAUUUAUGACUGCAUG